GACCCGCGGGAUUCCAGCAGGAAAACAUUCUUGGCCUUGUGCCUGAGUGGUUCUUGAAGAUGGCAAGCAAAGGACCCACAGCUUCUGCAUCCACAAAGAGCUCCAGUACUGGAGGGACCAGCGGCAGCAGUAAUGGUGCUGGGGAAAGUGCUAAUCAGGACAACACUUUUGAAUGUAACAUCUGUUUAGACACUGCUAAGGAUGCAGUUAUCAGCUUGUGUGGACAUCUUUUCUGCUGGCCUUGUUUACACCAGUGGCUAGAGACCAGGCCAAACAGACAAGUGUGCCCUGUGUGCAAAGCAGGAAUCAGCCGAGAUAAAGUUAUUCCUCUGUAUGGAAGGGGGAGCACUGGGCAGCAGGACCCCAGAGAGAAAACUCCUCCACGACCCCAGGGACAGAGACCUGAGCCAGAGAACAGAGGGGGCUUCCAGGGCUUUGGGUUUGGCGAUGGUGGGUUCCAGAUGUCAUUCGGGAUCGGGGCCUUUCCCUUCGGUAUAUUCGCGACAGCAUUCAACAUAAACGACGGGCGGCCUCCUCCAGCUGUUCCAGGGACUCCUCAAUACGUGGAUGAGCAGUUCCUCUCCCGCCUCUUCCUGUUUGUGGCUCUGGUGAUAAUGUUCUGGCUGUUGAUUGCAUAAAAUCUUUCCCAUUAUUCUGUAUACUCAUGGCCAACAAGGCCAUCAAAACAGUUACAACUGCAUCUCCAUCCCAUUUUAAACUUCUUGGUGUCUGGUUCCGUAGCUAACUGUGGGCUUCAGGAAUUGGUGGUACCACAACACCAGGAGGAAUCUCGCAUUUUGCACCAAAAUUGGAAAUUAAACAUUGGUUAAAAAGCAUAUUGCAGCUCAGCUGUCUUGUACAACAGGUUCCUGCCACAAACCGUGGGCUGAGCUUUGAGCCCCACUCCUGAAAGGAGUGCUGCUGUGAAACCCUGUGCCAAUCAGUGACACCAGGUUUAUGUGAAAGACAGUUGCCCCAGGGUGAGGUGGGCAGGUAAGGAAACCCCUGCAGUGGGAUCACUGUCUCAGGCUUGGCAGCCACGAUGGAUCUGCCAGAGCUGCGGAUGUUGUUUAGAGUCUUCAUGUCAACACCCAACCUCCUUCAGGAGAUGCUCUGCAGCACUGCUGAGACUCUGGGCACAGCAGGUGGUGCAGAUGGA